AUGGUAUUUCUAUGUGAAACUAGACAACAGAAAGAUCGGGUCCGAAACUUGAGGUUCCGUAUUGGCAUGAAAGGUUGCUAUCAAGUGGAUGGUGAUGGAAAAGGUGGUGGUAUAGCUUUGUUCUGGCAGGAGGGUAUCGAUGUGGAGCUGCUUUCGUACAGUCAAAGACACAUUGACGUGCAUGCGCAAGGGGGGCCAUAUAGCACACGCUGGCGUGGCACCUUCAUCUAUGGUGAACCAAAACCGGCUGAUAGGCACCAGAUGUGGACCCUUUUAAGAGAUCUCAAGCCACGUUCUUCAGAUCCGUGGCUGCUCCUAGGGGACUUCAACGAAGCAAUGUGGCAGUCGGAGCACUUCUCAAGAGCUCGGCGUUCUGAGCGACUCAUGAUGGAGUUCCGAGAGGUACUGUCGCACUGUGAUGUACAUGAUCUAGGUUUUGUGGGCACCCCUUGGACGUUUGAUAAUAAACAAGCGGGGGAACGGAAUGUUAAAGUCCGGUUGGACCGGGCGGUUGCUAACCCGGCAUGGUCUUCCUUGUUCCCGGAGGUUCGCGUUCAUCAUCUAAUGUCCUCACGUUCUGACCAUUGCCCGUUGUUGGUGACAGUGACACUGCAACAGGAUCAACGACGCAUCAGCCAAGCUCGCCGGUACGAGAUCAUGUGGGAGAGAGAACCCUCACUAGCAUUUGCAGUGGAAGAUGCAUGGUCUAGAAGAGUGACAACGCAGAAUCUGGGUGACAUCUCAGCUAGUUUCCGUAAUGUGAUGGCAUCCCUCUAUGAUUGGAAAAAGAAGUAUUUUGGGUCUCUCCCACAACGAAUGGAGAAGUGCAGGAAAAAACUAAAUGAGCUCAGCCUCCUAUCGGAUGAGGCCAGUGUAGCUGAAAGGAAACGGCUCCUAGCUGAGAUGGAUGAACAAUUGUACAGGGAGGAGCUCAUGUGGCUUCAACGCUCUCGGAUUGCAUGGCUACGGGACGGCGAUCGUAAUACCAAGUACUUCCAUCGGAAGGCGUCUUGGCGGCAUAAGAAAAAUCGCAUCAGCAAGCUGCAGCGUGAAGAUGGUACUUGGGCAACCGAACCUGAUGAGAUGGAGGGCAUGGCCACAAGUUUCUUCCAAAACUUAGCAAGAGAUCAGUGA